AUGGCUCUUUACGAUAAGCAUGAAAGCAACUCGGAUUCUUCUAUAUCCCUCUCAUCGUCCAUACUUCUUGAAGAUCGCAGCUCCUCCAUCUUCAACUUUUAUGAUGAAGUGAUGGACAUGGAUGAUUAUCAGCACCCUUCUCCUCUCACUACAGAUAUGUCUACAUCCAUGGUUCUCGAGCGCACUACGGCAAUCAGAUCAUCACCGUCUAAAGCCGACGACUUCUCGAUGAGCGGCUGGACAACUGUUGGCACAUCAUCCGCCGUCUCCGAAACUACAUGCCCCGCUCCCGCCUCCGUGUCCGCCUCCGUUGCCGAUCUCACGGCGUCCGAGCUGCUCCGCCUGGAACUCCAGGAUACCCGGCCUUCAGGCUCGCUUGCCAGUCCCGGCUCACACGUGGUGCGCGACCGUGCUUGUGAAAUGUCCGUCGGUAGCGAUAGCCUGUUCAGCUACAGCUACACCUUCGUCCAAGAUGAUCAAGGACUCUGCGGAAUCGGAGCGUGGGCUGAUAUUACGACAAGUUCUUUCGUCUCCAAGAAGAAGCGAAUCACUCCGCGACAAUGA